ACUUAUGCACCUUGUCCAAAGCUUCCCUGCUGCUCACGCGCCAUGGUCUCGGCAUUGCAACCCCAGCUGCCACCGCUACACCAAGGCGUAGGCGGCUGGCCAGUGGUGCCUCGUUGCGACGCCUUUUGCGGAGGAUUCCUCCGUAUGCGGGGUGCCAUAGUGCGAUGGAUCGGAGAACCUGGAGAAACCCCAGUAACGCGCGCCUGGGCUGCCCUUUUGGCGCGUGCGCUCUGCAAAUCUACCCCAGAGUGGGAACCCGCACAUGUGGUAUAAGAGUGUGCGCACCCGCCUUCUUGGGCUCUACAGCUGGAGUUGCGUGACCUCGUUCAUCGCAAGUUCUCGAGUGUGUCCCGCUCGCUCGUCGACAUAUCCACCUCCCCUCUGCAACACAGUCUCUCUGGAAGCUUCUCGACACAAUGUGGAACCCCUGGAGAGAAAACUUGAAAGACACGCCAAAGGAGUCCCUUAACUGGAGACUAUGGUUUGGCGUCUUUGUCUUCGGAUUGAUGGGCGCCGCGCGAGGUAUUGAUGAAGGUCUCAUCGGCACCACCGCAGAGCUCGAUCCCUUUAUCCAGAAGUUUGGGUUAGAUGACCCAAACAAGACUAAGCACCAGAAAGCCGAACUUUUGUCCAACAUCACAUCGAUGGUACAGAUGGGUUCGAUUCUGGGCGCUCUUGUCGCAUUCUUGGUGACCGAUAAAAUUGGACGUCUUUGGGCAACGCGCCAGCUUUGCGCCAUCUGGGUCAUUGGAAUCACAAUCUUCCUAGCCAGCGCAUCGACGGGCAGUCUCGGGAUGGUCUAUGCGGGGCGAUUCAUCGCUGGUGUCGGCAUCGGACAGACUACCGUUGUGGCUCCUACAUACUUGGCAGAGACUGCACCCAGGGCUAUUCGUGGUCUCUGUGUGACUGCAUUCUCUGGCGCUGUCUAUCUUGGCAUCAUGUUGGCCUACUUCGCUUCGUGGGGCUCAUCGAUUCACAUCUCAAGCAAGACGGACGCGCAGUGGCUGGUGCCCAACAGCAUGCACCUCAUGUUCGCCGGCAUCAUCUUCACGCUCUCAUUCUUCGCCAAAGAAUCGCCGCGUUGGCUCAUCAAGGUUGGACGUCAUGAGGAAGCUCUCCAGAACUUGAUGCAGCUUCGUAAUCUUCCAGCCGACCACCCGUACAUUCUCGCGGAGGUUUUCGACAUCAACGACCAGUUGAACCGCGAGAGGGAGGCGACCAAGGGCACCACAUGGCUUGGUCCCGUCCGCGAAUUGUUCUCCAGCAAGGCAAACCUUUACCGCAUCCAACUCAGUGUCUUCUCGCAGCUGCUCGGCCAAUGGAGUGGUGCCAAUUCCAUCACAAUCUACGCGCCCCAGUACUUUGCAAUGAUGGGCACGACCGGCCAAAAUGAGAAGCUCUUUGCAACCGCCAUCUUCGGUCUCGUCAAGCUCAUUUCGUCUUUGCUCUGCGCGUUUGUACUUAUCGACUACAUCGGCCGCAAGCGCGCUCUCUCCAGCGGCAUCACACUCCAGCUCAUCGCCAUGCUCUACAUGGCCAUCUUCCUCUUCAUCGACAAGAGCGUCGCCGUCAAGGGCGCUCCCCAGUCUGCCAGCAUGAAGAGUGCCGCGAAGGGCGCCAUCUUCUUCAUCUACGUAUCCGGCUUCGGAUGGGCCCUCGGCUGGAACAGCAUCCAGUACCUCAUCAACUCCGAGAUCUACCCGCUGCGCCUGCGUGCCUUGGGCGGCAGUUUCGCCAUGACUUUCCACUUUGUCAACCAGUACGGCAACUCGAAGGCUGUCCCGCUCAUGUUCAUUGCUAUGACGCAUGGCGGCACCAUGUUGUUCUUCAGCAUUGUCACGGCUAUCGGUCUUGCUUGGGUGUGGUUCUUCCUGCCCGAGACUACUGGAAAGAGUCUCGAGGCUAUGGACGAGUUGUUCAACCUGCCCUGGUACCUUAUUGGACGCAAGGGCGCCCAGAUGACGAAGGGCACCGGUGGAAUGUCCGAGGUUCUGGAUACGGAGGGCGAGAAGGCGGUUGGUGUGCAGAUGGAGGAAGUUCCAGGCGCAAGCAGGAACAGGAGUGUGGAUCAAAGGGUUUAAGCGACAGGAUAUACUCUGAGGUGGAAGAAGUGGAAAUUGAACAAAUCAAAUCAAAUCACGGCCGUCAUGAGAUGGGAAAGAAUUGAAUCUUUUGUAAGAAAAUGUCAAUUGAUGAUCACUGCCCAGGUCCGU